AUGAGCAAUUCCCGAAAGAGAUUAAUUCGUAAUUCUCCUGAUUAAAAAUCAAAUCACACAGAGGUUCUAUCAGAUAUUGAAGAAGAGUCUAAUCUUAACAAUAAUAAAAACGAUGGCAAAAGUAAAAAUGAAUAGCAAAUAUAAAAAGAACAAUAAUCAAAAUAACCUUAACAAUCUUUAGGAAAUAAAUAGAAAUCAUAGAUAACUGAAGGUUUUACAGCCUAAAAAUAAUCUAAAUAGAUAAAAUAGUAAUUUCCAGCAUAAUCUUAGAAGAAACAAUCCAGUCAAAAGAUGCAAAAUUAGCCAAAUUUAUUUUAAUUUUUUGGAAAAAGUGUUGCUCUUAAUCCUUCAUAAAAUUCAUAAUUGAAACAAAAGGAAUCAAUAAAAAAUAGAUCAAUUGACAUUAAUAUUGAUGAUAUUAAUAUUAAAGAAUAAAUUGAAAUAGAGAAAACAAUUUAAGAAUAAAAUAAGAAUAAAUAACAAGUUAAUUAGUCAAUUUAAGUAUAAUCAUAAUAACAUUAAAUUCAUAGAUAAAAAUAAGUUCCUUUAAUAGAUAAUGGAAAUGAAAUAAUUUAACAAUUAAAAUAGAUAGGAGUAGAAAAAAAUAAAAAUAAUACAUCUCCAAGACAAUUAGGACCUGAUAUUAAAUAAAGUUUUGAUAUAUAAAUUGAAUAAUUACAAUAAACUAAAAAAAAAAAAGGAGCUGUUAAUAUAAAAUGGGAAAAACAAAAAUCUAUUGUAUAAAAAUCAGAAAAUAAAAAAUAAAUAGAAAUAGAAAAAUAGUUUGAAUUUAAAAAUGACCCAGAUUUAUUGAAUGGAUUAAGUAUAGUUUUGAGUGGUGUAUUAAGUGUUUGUAGUAGAGAUAAAUUUGAAUAGUUUUUAAAAAAUAAUGGAGCAAAGGUUCCUUCUAGUGUUUCUGGAAAAACUAAUUAUUUAAUUGUGGGAGAUAAAUUAGAAGAUGGUAGAAAGGGAGAAGAAGGAAAUAAAUUCAAAGAAGCUACAAAAAGGGGAAUAAAGAUUAUAAGAGAAGAUUAACUAAAUGAUUGGUUAUUUGAUAAAAUAGGUAUUGGAAUAGAUGAGAUCUUCCCAGACUCAAGUUUAUCUAAGUUAUAUAAGUAAUCAGGAUCAAAAAAAUAAGAGUAGUAGUUAAAUAUAAAUUAAGAUCAAAAUAAAAAUCUGAGUUUAGUUGAUAAAUAUAUGCCAUAAUAAUUAUCAGAUUUAGUUGAUAAUAAAUCAAGUAUAACUUAAUUAAAUGAUUGGAUAUAUAAAUUUUAGAAUCCUAAUUCUGAAAUAGAUCAAAAUUAAAAAUCUAAAAAGAAAUUUAUACCAUUAAAGAUGGGAAGAUUUUAACCUGUUGGAAACAUUACGUAUUUAUAUUUAUUAUAAAUUAAGGUCUAAAGCAUGUAUAAUAAGUGGUCCUCCAGGAAUAGGUAAGACUUCAAUGGUAAGAUUGGUAGCUGAAGCUUUAGGAUUGAAAUUAAUAGUAAAUAAUGCAUCAGAUAAGAGAAAUAAAGGAAGUUUGAGGUCUGUAUUAAAUGAUUUAGUUGACAACAGUGUGCUUAUGAAUUUAUUUAGACCAAAUAAGAACUUUUUAAUUGUAAUGGAUGAAGUAGAUGGGAUGACUGGAUCAGAUAGAGGUGGUAUAUCUGCUUUAAUAGAAUGUAUAAAAUCAACUAGAAUUCCAAUUGUUUGUAUUUGUAAUGAUAUUGAUAACUAAAAAUUGAAAUCAUUAUUAACACAUUGUUAUAGCAUUAAAUUUUAGAAACCAGAUGCAAAAUCUGUUGCAAAAAGAUUAAAAUAUAUUUGUGAAUAAGAAAAUAUAAAUAUGAAUAUUGAAGACCUUGAAAAAAUGGCAAUAUGUUUUGAUUGCGAUAUUAGAUAAAGUAUUAAUAUGUUAGAAUUAUAAAAAUUAUAAUCAUAAACAUAGAUAUUUUAACCUAAUUCAUUCAAAAAAGAUAAAGUUUGUGUUUUUAAUACAUUUAAUGCUGCUGUAAGUUUACUUAAUAGAAAUUAAAGAAAAUAAAUGUCACUCAGAGAUAUGUUAGAUAUGUUUUUCUUAGAUUAUGACUUAAUACCUCUUAUUAUAUAAGAUAGUUACAUUUUAUCAAAUCAUUAGGAUAUUAAUAAUAUUGCAAAAGCAGCAGAAUUAAUUGCUGAAGGAGAUAUAUUUUCUAAUAAAAUUAGAAAAUAAUAACAAUGGUCUUUAAUGCCAUCUUUUGGAUUCUUAUCUAGUGUUUAUCCUUCUACUAUAGUUGGUGAACAAAUGGACUUUCCUAAAUUUCCUUAAUGGUUAGGAAAGAAUUCAACUGCAAAUAAAAUUAAAAGAGAAAGAUAUCAAAUUAAAAAUAGAUUUGCUCCAAUCACUUAUUUAACAUCAGAUAUCAAAUUAUAUUCAAAAUAUUUAUUCCAAUUAAUAAAAUAAUUUUUAGAAUUAAAAAUAGUUAGAAAUGAUAAAGAAGCUGUUUGGAAUGUAGUUUAAAUUAUGGAAGAAUAUCGUAUUAAUCCAGAUUUAUUGAAAGAGAAUCUUCAUGAUUAAGUAUUCAAUCCAUUGAAGGAUAAUUUAUUAAGUACUGUUAAUCCUCAAAUUAAAACACAAUUAACCAAGAUGUAUAAUAAAAGACAUUUGAUUUUCAAGGAAAAAGCAUCCAAAAGAUAAAUCAAUACUGAAAGAUAUAUAGUAUAUAUUUAAUCUUAUUUUUAGAGUGAAAAUUACAAUCCUGUAAUUGGAGAAGAAGCACCAUUAAUAGAAUAGUCAUAAAAAGAAAUUGAAGAGGAAUAAGAUAAAAAAGAAGAAGAAAUAGUAUUAGAUUCGAAAUCUAAGAAAACAAAUAAACCAAUAAAAAAAUAAAGCAAAAAAGUGACUAAAAAAAUAAAAUUAGUUGAAGAAAGAUCAAUAGAUGAAGAUUCUUAGGAAUCAUUAAAUAAUUUUAUUGUUGAUGAUGAUGAUGAUGAUGAAUGA